UAUUGCCAAAGGGAAAAAGGAUAGCCCAAGUGACAAGAAAACACUUCUCAAUAUGAAUUGGUUUGGAAGUAACUUCUUCAAGUCUCCUGAGGAUCUUUCCUUACUCAACAUACACUCACCUCUGUUGUCAUGUAUGUCAUCUGAAGAUGAACAAUAUUUUAUUUCCAGCUUGAGGGGCCACGUACCAGCCAGCGCUGUGGUGAAGCAGCCUGUUCGGGGAGCCAGUGGCAGGACGACAAUCACAGCAAUUGUCCAGACUGGCGGGGGCUGGAGCACCGGUCUCUUCAGUGUCUGCAGAGAUAGGAGAAUUUGUUUCUGUGGUCUAUUCUGUCCUAUGUGUCUUGAGUGUGACAUCGCCAGGCAUUAUGGAGAGUGUCUUUGUUGGCCGUUGUUACCUGGGUCCACCUUUGCACUGAGAAUUGGCACCAGGGAGAGACAUAAAAUACAGGGCACGCUGUGUGAAGACUGGCUGGCGGUGCACUGCUGUUGGCCUUUUUCCAUCUGCCAGGUGGCCCGUGAACUCAAGAUGAGGACCUCCCAAGUGUAUGAAAUCUGUGCAGUCCCAAUGACUAAAGACACCCUGGUUUGACAAAGCAAGAUAACUCCUCUUUCUUACUCCCCAACACCCUCCUCUCAA